AUGUCCACCAACGAGAAUGCUAAUUCGCCAGCUGCCCGUCUUAACAGAUUCAAGAACAAGGGGAAAGACAGUACAGAAAUGAGGCGGCGCCGAAUAGAAGUCAAUGUGGAGCUGAGGAAAGCGAAGAAGGAUGAUCAGAUGCUGAAGAGGAGAAAUGUGAGCUCAUUUCCUGAUGAUGCUACUUCUCCACUGCAGGAAAACCGAAACAACCAGGGCACUGUAAAUUGGUCUGUUGAGGACAUUGUCAAAGGCAUAAAUAGCAACAAUUUGGAAAGCCAGCUCCAAGCUACUCAGGCUGCAAGGAAACUGCUUUCUAGGGAAAAACAGCCACCCAUAGACAACAUAAUCCGGGCUGGUUUGAUCCCCAAAUUUGUGUCCUUCUUGGGCAGAACUGAUUGUAGCCCCAUCCAGUUUGAAUCUGCUUGGGCCCUCACUAACAUUGCUUCUGGGACUUCGGAACAGACCAAGGCUGUAGUAGAUGGUGGUGCUAUCCCAGCAUUCAUUUCCCUGUUGGCAUCUCCCCAUGCUCACAUCAGUGAACAAGCCGUAUGGGCUCUAGGAAACAUAGCAGGUGAUGGUUCAGUUUUCCGAGACUUGGUUAUCAAGUAUGGUGCAGUUGAACCACUGUUGGCUCUCCUUGCAGUUCCUGAUAUGUCAUCUUUAGCAUGUGGUUACUUACGUAAUCUGACCUGGACACUUUCAAACCUUUGUCGCAACAAGAAUCCUGUACCCCCAUUAGAUGCUGUUGAGCAGAUUCUUCCUACUUUAGUUCGUCUGCUGCAUCAUGAUGAUCCAGAAGUAUUAGCAGAUAGCUGCUGGGCCAUUUCCUACCUUACUGAUGGUCCAAAUGAACGGAUUGAAAUGGUUGUGAAAACAGGAGUUGUGCCCCAACUUGUGAAGCUCUUAGGAGCUACUGAAUUGCCAAUUGUGACUCCUGCACUAAGAGCCAUAGGAAAUAUUGUCACUGGGACAGAUGAUCAGACGCAGGUUGUAAUAGAUGCGGGAGCCCUUGCUAUCUUUCCCAGCCUGCUAAUGAACUCCAAAACUAAUAUUCAGAAGGAAGCUACAUGGACAAUGUCAAACAUCACUGCUGGCCGCCAGGACCAGAUACAGCAAGUUGUGAAUCAUGGAUUAGUCCCAUUCCUCAUUAUUGUUCUUUCGAAGGCAGACUUUAAGACACAAAAGGAAGCUGUAUGGGCUGUGACCAACUAUACAAGUGGUGGAACAGUUGAACAAAUUGUAUACCUCGUUCAUUGUGGCAUAAUAGAACCACUGAUGAAUCUCUUAACUGCGAAAGAUACCAAGAUUAUUCUGGUUAUUCUGGAUGCCAUUUCAAAUAUCUUUCAGGCUGCUGAGAAACUAGGUGAAACUGAGAAACUAAGUAUAAUGAUUGAAGAAUGUGGAGGUUUGGACAAAAUUGAAGCUCUACAAAACCAUGAAAAUGAGUCUGUGUACAAAGCUUCACUAAACUUGAUUGAGAAAUAUUUUUCUGUAGAGGAAGAGGAAGAUCAAAAUGUUGUGCCAGAAUCUACCUCUGAAGGUUAUACAUUCCAAGUUCAGGAUGGCACUUCUGGGACCUUUAACUUUUAG